UGGCCUUGGCCGGAGGACGGUAGCGUCGGUCCUAGGAUGAGAGGGCCAUUUCCUUCCGGGCGGGGGUCAAAUCCUCGGGAAGCCGAGCCAUCCCGUCCAGCUACCUGUCCCAAACGGGGCGCAGGCCAUGUCACCUCUCUAGGAGGCUCCGGAGAACCGGCCACGCCGUCCCUUUCGGGUGCAGAAAGCCGGCUCCCCCCGGCCCGCUGGGAAGAUUCCCUGCUACACAUCCGGCCGGGGCAUCUGAGGGCAGGAGCCAAGCCAGCCGUGCCCGAUAGACGAGUAGAGAGCACUCUCGCCUGACUGCCUGUCCUCCUCACCGGACCCAGACUCGGCACCGCACACUCCCCCGACGCGGGGUCGGGGAAGGGGGGGAGCGGCGCAGUCACGCGCGCAUCACUCUUGCGCUCACAAGCGCGCAAGGCUCUUGCUCUCCGCCCGGCACACCUGCGCUCCGCCCCCUGGUCCCGGGCCGGCGACGGUCGAAGGCUUUUGGGAACCCAGGGCGGCGGCGGCGGCGGCCCCCUUCUCCUUCCCUUCCCAGGGCUGGAGUUGUCCGGAGCCUCUCCCCGGUCCCAACCAGCCCGCAUCCCUCUCCAUCCUUCCCUCCCCCCGCCUGCCGCGGCACGGGUAUCUGCGGCCGCAGCCCGGAGCCCUUGAGGCGGCGAAGGGGGGAGGGGAAGAAAGCAAGGGAUGAGCGCCGGGAGGGCGUCGGGGGCCCUGAGCCGGACUAGGACGCCCCUGGAACCGGAACCCGAGCCGGAGCCGGAGCCAGAGCUAAACCACCGCUGCAGCCCCCUAACCCCAGGAGGCGCCCUGGCCCGCGCUCGCCCCCCAGGGCCUCAUGUCGGAACCACAGCCUGACCUGGAGCCGCCCCAACAUGGGCUGUACAUGCUCUUCCUGCUUGUGCUGGUCUUCUUCCUCAUGGGCCUGGUAGGCUUCAUGAUCUGCCACGUGCUCAAGAAGAAAGGCUACCGCUGCCGCACCUCGAGGGGCUCGGAGCCUGACGACACUCAGCUCCAGCCCCCUGAGGACGAUGAAAUGAAUGAGGACACAGUAGAGAGGAUUGUUCGAUGCAUCAUCCAAAAUGAAGCCAAUGCUGAGGCCUUGAAGGAGAUGCUGGGGGACAGUGAAGGAGAAGGGACAAUGCAGCUGUCCAGUGUGGAUGCCACCUCCAGCUUGCAGGACGGAGCCCCCUCCCAUCAUCACACAGUGCACCUGGGCUCCGCAGCCCACUGCAUCCACUGCAGCCGCAACAAGAGACCCCCACUUCUCCGUCAGGGACGCUCCAAGGAAGGAAAGAGUCGCCCCCGGCCUGGGGAGACCACUGUGUUCUCUGUGGGCAGGUUCCGGGUGACACACAUUGAGAAGCGCUAUGGGCUGCAUGAGCAUCGUGAUGGCUCCCCCACAGACAGGAGCUGGGGAUCUGGUGGGGGGCAGGACCCAGGGGGUGGCCAGGGGUCUGGGGAAGGGCAGCCCAGGACAGGGAUGCCUGCCGCUGAGAGCCUUCCCCCUGAGAGGCCGCAGCCCCAGGCGCUUGCCAGCCCCACAGUGCGGAAUGGAGGACUCAGGGACAGCAGCCUAGUCCCUCGUGCACUUGAGAGGAGCCCUGGAGCCUCUGCAGAGUCGAUGCUGGGGGCUGGAGGGAGGGGCCCAAGCCCAGGGCUGGCCAGUCAAGAGGCAAAUGGACAGCCAAGCAAACCGGACACCUCAGAUCACCAGGUGUCCCCACCACGGGGGGCAGGGGGUGUGUGAGGUGAGUCUGCCUGGGCCCCAAGUCAGAUAAUCUUAUCCUCCCACCCCCUACUUUAAACUACCUAAGCCCAUUGGUUCCCUGAACCCCCAAGCUAAACUGCAGGCUUAGCCUUUGGUACAUAUUCCUUGGUUUGGUGGUGGGGAGUGGGCUUGUGCUCCAGGGGAUAGGGAAGGUCCUGCAGCACCUGGGGAAAAGCGGGGACACAGCUGAAGAGGAGGCAACACUGUUACUCUUCCUCUCCUUCAUUGCGCUGAUGGACUACCAGCUGGCAGAGCCAGGGGGUGGGUGGGCAUGAAGCCCCUCCUCUCCACUGGACAGCACUGCCCCCCAGCUGAGGGACCAGCCUUACUUCCACCUGGAACUGCACGGUCUCAGGCUGGGGGACCUUGGGAGAAGUCCCACCUCCGGUCCUCAGUCUCUUCCCCUUCCCCUGCCUGCCAAGAGGCCUCCUGACCUGCUUUCCCCAUCACCUCACUCCAUAUGCUAGAGCGUGCGGCUGGGAGCAGGCCCCUGCCCUUGGUGGGCCCUUAAAGCAAUAGCACCUUAGACCCCUGCCCUCUUGGCACAAGAGGCCCAGGCCCUGGCUUGGGCUUUGUGCCCUUUAUUCACUGUCAAUAAAUCCGCUCAGACGAUUACAGCUGCUUCGCAUACUGGCUCCAGCUCCUUCUGACAGG